AUGGCGGACCAGAGCAGCACCCAGCUCCUCAGCUAUUUCACGCUCAUGGAGCAUCAAGGCAACAUCAUACUAACCAGACAUGCAGAGGCGCCCAAAUUCGACCUCGACCUCUACAUAUCUAAUUAUCGAGGCCGGACACGCUUCGAUCGACUGCUGCUGAUAGGACAAUCUUCCGUUCCCUUGGGCCUAGAUGCCCUAAAAGCUGCCAUAGUGGAGGCCAAGAAUGGAAGGGACACGCAACAAUAUCGCAACGCCUGGGAAGCCAUUCGCGCCGCCGCCCCCGGCGAGCCAGAGGCUCAAUUCGAUCAGGCUUGGUUGGACAAGACAACCAAGCUGAAUAAGGCCGAGACCAGCCGCCUCGAAGUUGAGCUCAAACAAUAUAAGAACAACCUUGUGAGAGAGAGCAUCAGGAUUGGCUAUCGGGACAUGGCCCUACACCUCGAGAGAAUCGGCGAGCUGCAGGGCGCCGCUGAUACAUUUGUGCGCAUGAGAGGUGAAGCUAGCACGCCGUCGCAUCUUCUCGAGGUUGCCAAGUAUUUGAUUGGUGUCAUGGUCCAAAAACGGGACUGGCCCAGUGUCCUCUCCAAUGUCGGCAAGAUGUUUGCCAGUCCUACCAGUGGUGAUGAGGAAGCCAGAGCCCAUCAGCCGUAUGUCAAGGUGGUCUCCGGCAUUGCCAAUCUCAAUUCCGAGAAGUACUACGAGGCUGCCAGGAACUUCUUGGAGACGGGUGAUCUGGUUCAUUGCCAACGUCUCAAUGAUAUCAUCAGCCCCAACGAUGUGGCUACCUAUGGUGCGCUCUUGGCUCUGGCAUCCAUGGAUCGAGCUGAGCUCCAGUCCCGGGUUCUCAAUAACACGAGCUUUAGAACUUACCUGGAACUGGAGUCACACCUUCGCAAGGCCAUCAACAUGUUUGUCAAUGGCCGUUAUUCCCAGUGCCUCGCAAUCCUGGAGUCAUACCGACCCGAUUACCUUCUCGACAUUCAUCUUCACAAACACGUCUCAGUCCUCUACUCACUGAUCCGCACCAAGUGUAUUGUACAAUAUUUUAUCCCCUUUUCCUGCGUCACCCUGGACAGCUUGAACGAGGCUUUUGCCAAGCCUGGCGAGUCUUUGGAGUCGGAACUGGUAGCCAUGAUCCGGAGUGGCAGGCUCCAGGCUCGCAUCAAUACCAUUGAUAGACUGCUGGUUGCAGUAUCACCAGAUCGUCGGGUGGAGAUGCAGAGUGCGGCUCUGGAGGCGGCCAAGAACUAUGAAAAGGAAGUCUUGGAACGUAUCCGGCGCAUGAGUAUCAUGGCUGCUGAUCUGGAGGUGAAGGGUCAUGGUAGAAAAGCGGCUCCCCCAGGCUCAGGUGUGACAGACAUGUGGUUCGAUGACACUCGCAAGGGCGUUGCUGAGAGCUCGUUCUAG